UGGACACCUUGCCCCCUCACAAGUGACAAAUCCAUUGACGGUAGUCCCAGCGAUAAUGUGGCGGAAUGCACCACGUACGCUGCGCCGCUGUGCCACCCCGGGAUCUGCGAAACGCCCGACUCGGCCAUCUCGACAGUUGAUGUAUUCGUGAGGCGAAUUCCCGCUGCGAACCGGCAACCCGAUGUAGCUCCAAACGUGUGGCUUGUUCAGGGUAGCCUGUCCUACUUGACCUCUCUGCUGGACAUUCCGAUGCUGAUACUGUAUAACCAACUGAAGGGCGAGGCGAACGUGUACACGAUGGACUACCGCGGGACUGGACAGAGUACGCCCUUGAAGUGUGCGGCCCAAGCCAAGUCGUCAAGCGUGGUCGAUCUGGAUCUGGAACUGGUCCCUGCAUGUGCAAAGGAACUCGAGGAGAAGUACGGGGACCUCGCGGCCUUCUCGACCACCAGCGCUGCCAUGGACCUGACGACUUUCAUCUCGAAGUAUGGCAACGAUUUCAGUACGACCUUGUACGGAGUGAGCUACGGUACGAUCUGGGUGGAGCGCGUGAUGCAUCUCAAUCCUCCGGAGGUGACGGGGUACGUUCUGGACAGGGUCACCACGACCUCGGGGUCGUCGCUGGAUAACUUCUACAGCAUAUCGGGUUUAGAUGGUUUAGAUGGCGCGUACGAUGAGGUUGCCGACUCGUUCAUGGCUUUGUGCUCAGAAGACAGCUCGUGCAACGCGCGCUUCAAGAAGAACGGACUUAAGGCCACGCUGCAACAAUUGAUGAUGAAACUCGACAAGAAUCCGAAAGCGACGUGUGCCAAGUUGCUGAGAAGUGCGCAAACCGGCCAAGACGAGGACCCGCCAUCGUUUGUGCUUCGCUAUCUGCUGGGUGCACUUUUAGACACGAAAGUGCGAACGCUCAUCCCGCCAAUCGUAUACCGAUUGUUCCGUUGCGCGAAGAAGGACGUCGCCGUUUUGACCAAGUUCAUUGAGACCGUUAACCCGGGCUUGAACCCCACCGCCAAGGAUAUAGGCUCCGCAUCCAAGCUGCUGGAUACGGUUGUGGGCUUCUCGGAGAUGUGGGAAGCGCCUUCACCCUCCGGUCAGGAGCUCAGGACACGCUUCGAAGGUACGAGUAUGAGCGGCUGGCCGGCGUACAAGCACGUACCCGCGUACUGCGCGUUCUCUAAGGAAAAGUCGCCAACGUGCAACAAGCUCAAGGUCGGCAACUACAAAGGGAACGGCAUCAUUUACGAGCGCGACGAGUACUGGAACAAGGCCGCCAAAAUCCCCGAGAAAGCCAACGUGUUGCUUAUGAGCGGUGGACUGGAUCCGAGGGCGUCUACGAAGUAUGCACAGGCCUUGUUGAAGGCUCUUGACGGCCAGAAGAAGGAGCUCGUCACCUUCAAGUACGCGUCCGAGAGCAGUCUCCUCGACAGCAAUGACGAGCCAGCUUGUGGUAUGUACGUCCUUUCCUCUUUCGUGCAGCACGAUGGCGACUUGACCAAGCUCAACAAGACGUGCCUUGAGGAUGAGGCGGCAUUUAGCUGGACGAUACCGGAGGUUUACCAAUACGCGAUGUUGAGCACUAAGGACGCGUACGACGGUGAGUUCGACCCGAGCUUGAGUGCCGAUGAGGCGUCU